UAAGUGGUGCCGCUGCUUGUGAGCGUCGCUCGUUUGCACGCAUAUUGGCACUGCAAGUGCAUUAUUGUGGUGGUGCACGUAGGAAAAUGAGUCUCUGCACUUAGCUGAGCCAACUGACCGAGUUUCCCUACCGAGUUUUCUUUCAAGGUCUGAAUUUCUCUGAGGAUGAUGCUGUUGAGACUAGCUUAUCACAAAUCAAGGGAAGUGUAAAAGAAACAGCAGCUCCAAGAUGGCCUUGGCACAUACAGUAGGCCUGAUUGUGUCCUUGUUAGUUUCAACAGCAGUUUCAACAGGGAGGCAAUCGGUCAAUCAGGAUGCUUUUGGAAUUAAUAUGCUGCAAGUUUUCCAAAGCAGGGAAGCAAUUAAAGGAGUUUCCAAUACGUCGGGUUCACACAUUGGAACAACUUCAUACAGAGUUCGUCCUUCAGUUCCAACACUCACAUUGCCCAAUGGUGCAGUGCAAGAACUAAGCAAUCACGACAGCACUGCUUUGAGUCUAGUCAUCAUAGCCAAACAAGUGUACGAGAGUGCAGGGACGCUCUUAACAAUAUCAACGUCGGACAACAGUCCCUUGCUCAUGCUCAGUUCAAACCUGAGAACAGGCAUAUUGCGGCUGAAAUACCGUACCCUCAACGGGAAUGCCCUGAGAGAAGUGUUAACCUCAUCCCCUUUUAUUGAGACAGACCUACAGGAAUGGGCACAAGUUGGAAUCGUGCUGUUGGGCACAAGGAUGAAGAUUUAUGAAGGGUGCAAGAGGAUGAGGGAAGUGGUGCUGGACGAGGGCGCUAUUAAUUUGAGCCUCCCAGAGGAACCAAUUGUCUAUGUUUUACAGGGGUUGAAGGGCAAGAACAAAUUCAGUGGUUGGAUUGAAGAUUUCUGGCUGUAUCCCUCGGAACUAACUCAGAUGCCAUGGACCUGCCCUAUCACUGAAGAAGCACCAAGUCAUGAACCCAAUGUUGCACCAAGUGGCACUCUGAGUGAUGCACAGACUGAUGUACAGGUUGACACACAUCAUGAUACAAGUCUUAACACACCCAGCACUUCUCACACUAACCCCACUGCUAAUGCAACCACUAGCACUACCUUAAAUACCUCAAGUGAUACAGCAGCCAACGUACUCAGCGAUGAGGCACCAAUGGAAUCACCAGCCUUGUCUGUUGAUAAAGAGACACCAGUCUAUCCACCCCAGGCAGCAUAUGACCAACUAAUCCAAGGCCUCCAAGAUGCCAGAGCUGCACAAACAGCUGCAGAGCCUGGGAUACUAGACCAGGACCUCAGCUUGUCGGUCCUGACCCUACAGGAAGAACGGAUCCUUGAGCUAGAAAGGAUUGUGGAAGAGAUGAGUAGCAUGAUGGGCAUGCUGAAAUCUCAGGUGUCAUCGAUGGAAAUUCGUCUUGCCAAGCGAGAGAUGUGUGAGUGUCGUCAGAUGUCUUGCAUCUAUGAUAACCAGGAGUACCAGGAAGGCCAGGCUUGGCAACCAGACCCUUGCACUGUCUGCUAUUGUCAGCAAGGACAGCCACUGUGUUCUUUCCAGAAUGACCGGCCGGAAUGCCAAAACCCCUGUACGUCCAAUCCCUGCAUGAACAGUGGAACAUGCCUGAGUCUCCCUGGCAACGGCAACUACUCCUGUUUGUGUCCACCUGGUUGUGGGGGUGACCACUGCCAGCACAUGAAAAAUGUCUGUGCUUCACCUCCAAAGACCGAUGGGUGUGAACAGCGAGGGGUCAUGUACUACUUUGAUAUGUUUGCACAGAGAUGCGAAAUUAAUUAUGCAGGUUGUCUGGUGGAUGGGAACAGCUUUGCCACUCAGCAAGCAUGUGAAGAUCACUGCAUGGUUGGAGCUUGUUGUUAUCGAACAUACAUGCGUGGAUCGGCUGGCCAGGAAUACUUGGAUUUUACUCAACUCCUUCCCGGGCAUAAUUGUGAGACAUUAGCCAUGGGACAAUGUCGCCAGCUGAACAUCUUCACCCCAUCUGCCAACCAAAGGCAUGAGGUCACUGGGUUCCACCCAGGGAGGUUGUGUGAUGAAGUAUCAUGUGACUUGCCUGAUGGCUGUGUGUUUAUGGAUUCUACCUAUGCUAUUGGGCAGAGUUUCCGGACACAUUGUCAGGAGUGUAGGUGCAUGCCUGAAGGCAGGCUGAAUUGCAGGUGUGUUGAAAUGACAGUUCGUAAGGAACUGCGUGACAUGACAAGAGAUGAGCUGGAUCGCUUUCAAGCAGCCGUACAGCAGCUACGCUCGUCUGAUCUGGGUAACCCUUGGGAGCAAGCUCGAGAUACUUACAUGCGGCAUGUCAUGGAGGCUAACAACAUCCCAGCCUACUUGAUUUGGCAUCGGGUCUUCCUACGCCAGAUGGAGAGGCGCUUACAGGAGAUUGAUUGUUCCAUUGCUCUGCCUUAUUAUGAUUUCACUACUGAUGUGAGUGACCUUUCCAGAGCCAUUAUCUGGCAGCCCAACUACUUUGGAGGUGAUGGCCGAGGAUCGUGUGUGGAAGACCACCCAUUCCGAGGUGGUUCACCCUGGGAACCGUGCCUAAUCCGUAAAUUCAUUUACUCCAUGCGACUGCCAUCUAAGAUUGACAUUGCCAUAGCAAUGGCAUCCAACGACUUUGACACCUUCAGCAUGUGCAUGCAGACCAUCAUGGGGCAUGUUUUCAACUAUAUAGGGGGUCACGUAGCCAGCUCAGGGGCACCCUAUGACCCUGUUUUUUAUGCCCUGCAAUCUUACGUUGACAUGAUCUUCUGGCGUUGGCAGCAAAAGGUAGGCAAUGACGGCAACUUUCCGACAGCUAUGCUGGAUGUACCGCUGGUACCCUUCAACACCAGGCCCAGGGAUUUGCUGCGUUCAGAGUCACAGCUUUGUGUGACGUAUGUGUUACCAACUGAAGGCAGUCCCUGUAAUCAUACCUUCUCAGUGUUUGGUUCAGAUGGAUAUGACAGUGAAGGCUACGACAGAAGUGGAUUCAACAGACAGGGCUUUGACAGGGCAGGAUACAAUGUGGAAGGAUACAACAUUUAUAGGGAAUAUGAUGAGCGAGGUUUGUACACGUAUGGUCCAGAGAGACGCUACGAUUAUGAAGGUUAUGAUCGAAGUGGGCAUGACCAGUUUGGAUUCAACAAAUACGGCUUUGAUCGAGAUGGCUUUAACAGGGAUGGCUUCAACAUUUUUGGCUAUAACAUCUAUGGCUAUGAUCGCUAUGGUUACAAUGAGAAAGGCUACAGUGCGCAAGGGUAUGACCGCAAUGGCUACAGUAACUCUGGCAGCCGUGACACUACGGGACGCUACAAUGCCAAUGGCUAUGAUCAGUACUGCCUGGACCGUAAUGGCUUGAAUGCCCAGGGCUACGAUGCCUUUGGUUUCAACAUGCAGGGGAUGGACAGCUUCAAUUGCAACCUUUUCUAUGAUGGUCCCUUUGUCUUGGUCAUCUCGGCGCAGCUGGAUGAGCUCCUGUUUCAACAAACCAAGCAGUUUCUGAUGGGCGUGACCCACACCUGCCCCCACCCAGGCCAGCUGCCACUGAUGUGGUUUGAGCAGACAUGGAGUCUUCAACAGAAGCCACUGUCUGGGGGUAGGACCCAGCUAACCAGCUUCCCAUCCUCUGUCACAUCAAACAGGUUUUGCUUUGACGUGGAGACCUUUUUAGCCAGCUGUGUUUGUGACACUUCCAAUGUAGUCUGCCCCGUCAAUCCCUGUGACACCCUGUGCUCUUCCCAUCCCAAUGCAGUCUGCUUCUACAAUUUCUGUGGCACCUGUUUGGCCACCUGGUAUGAGAAUGGCCAAGAAGUCAACUGUGGUCAGAGCCUCAGGGAAGAUUGUUUGAAUGGAACCACAACUCAUGCAGAUGGCUCAACGUGGCAGCCUGACCCAUGUACAACUUGUAUGUGCAAUAGUGGUUCAGUGAAUUGUCGUUUGGAUCCAUGUCCCGUACUAAGAUGUCAGUAUCCCGCCACAGUACCAGGCCAGUGCUGCCCUGCCUGUGAUGAUUGCCUUAUAAGAGGUGUGUUCAUCCAUAAUGGUGGGAGGGUCUUCGAUCCUGAUCCUUGCUUAAUCUGCACUUGUCGGAAUGGUAACCGAGAUUGUCAGCCGGUACCCUGCUCUGCUCCUCGUUGCACACAUCCCAUACAGUUAGCGGAGGAAUGCUGCCCUACUUGUGAUGGCUGUUUAUAUGAAGGGGACCAGUUAUACAAUGGCCAGUCUUUCCAGCUGGAUGUGUGUACAAUAUGCUCCUGUUUGCAAGGUAGCGUGGUCUGCUCUGCUGUUGAGUGUCCUGACCUGACCUGUCAGCCUCAGGCCACUCUGGAGGGUGAAUGCUGCCCUCGCUGCACCGAUGAGGGUGGAUGUGUCUAUGAGGACGUGGCAUUUAAUAGUGGGGAUUUCUUUACGCCAAUGGCCAAUCCAUGCCUUAGAUGCUCCUGUCUGGACAGCAAAGUGCGUUGUAAUCCCAUUGCAUGUACCAGGCCUCCAUGCGAUAACCCAAUAUUGCUGCUUGGAGCUUGCUGCCCAGAAUGCACUGACAAAUGUGUAUACAAUGGGAUCCAGUACAAUAAUGAGGAGCGUUGGAUCUCAGAUGAUCAGUGUCAGCAGUGCAUCUGCCAGGAGCGUGUAGUUACCUGUCGAGACCUACAACCCUGCUUGGCUACCUGCCAGCAUGGCUACACACCUCCCAGCCAGUGCUGUCCACUCUGUACAGAUUGCUUUUACGAUGAGCGCCGUAGGCCAAACGGUGAGAUCUUUACCAGUGAAGAUCAGUGCAGCCGCUGCCUUUGCUCAUUCGGAACAGUAACGUGUGAGAAAUUGCCCUGUGAACCGUUGCCAUGUCAACUUAGUGAAGAAAUCCCCGGAGAGUGCUGCCCAGUUUGUAGAGGUUGCAUUGAUGAUACAGGAGAGCGUCAUGAUCACCAGUCUCACUGGACACCAGUGCGUAAUGUCUGCCAAGAUUGUUUGUGUCUGGAAGGCCAAAUCACCUGUGAAACUAUUCAGUGUCAGACACAAUGCUCCCAUGCCAUCAUCAGGCCAGAAUACUGCUGUCCAAUUUGUGAUGGUUGCUUCUAUGAAGGCCAGGAGUACAAUAAUGGCGACUUGAUCAUGACCUCUGACCCCUGCCGUCAGUGUACCUGUGAUAUGGGCUCAGUCUCUUGUAGCUACACAGCCUGUGAUCCUAUCAGCUGUCCUCGACCCUUCACUCCACCAGGACAAUGCUGCCCUGUCUGUCAGGAUUGUGAGUUUGAGGGACAAGUGUAUGAGAAUGGUCAGGAAUUCUACUCAACUGUGGAUCCCUGUCAACGCUGUAAUUGCCAGAGAGGGGAGGUGGUCUGUCAGAGUAUUGCAUCCACAUGUAGCACACCUUGUAGCCACCCAAGCCGGUUAGCUGAUCAAUGCUGCCCAGUCUGUGAUGACUGUGAGUUUGACAGGAGGAUUAUUCCUAACGGUAGCCGUUUCAGGCACCCAGAGGAUCAUUGCCAAGUCUGCACCUGUACUGAUGGCUCUAUGUUUUGUGAGCCAGAACCUUGUAACCCAGUGUCGUGUCGUAACCCUGUCAUGCUCCCUGGUCAGUGCUGCUUCCAAUGUGAAACCUGCAUAGCGAGAGAUGGUCGUGAGUACGAGGACGGAGAGCAGUGGAUCAGCUCUGAAGACAAGUGCUACACUUGCACAUGCAGGGACAGGCAAGUAAGCUGUGAACGCUUGGCUUGCCCUGAGCUUGAAUGCAGCAACCCAGGCCGAGCGCAGGAUGCAUGCUGUCCUGAAUGCCAAGGUUGUGAGUAUGAUAGACGCUACUUCCGUAAUGGCCAGGAGUUUCUCAACCCACUCAACCAGUGUGAGCAUUGCCAGUGUCUGAAUGGCAACAUCAAUUGUGAGUCAAUAGAUUGUCCUCCUCUACCCUGUCCAAAUCCUGUGACACUCUCAGGAGAAUGCUGUCCUGUAUGUCUUGAUUGUGAACACCGUGGUAACACCUAUCGAGAUGGUGAGUCCUUCAAAGACCCAAGCAAUGAAUGCGUUGACUGUCUGUGCCAACAAGGCCGUGUACAAUGUGACUAUGUCAAUUGCUCUCCUGUCAGCUGUGACUAUCCAAUCACCAGAGAUUGUUGUCAAUCUUGUGAUGGAUGCCUGUAUGGCUCAUUGGAGUUACAGAAUGGAGAAGUGUUCAAGGAUCCCAACAACCCAUGCAUUGAGUGUACAUGCCAGGGUGGCAAUGUUCAGUGUAAUAUGAGGGAAUGUCCCCCACUUCCUGAGAACUGUGAACAAUUCUACACUCCAGAGGGUGAAUGUUGUCCUAUAUGUAUUGCAAUAACAGAGAAACCAUGCAUCUAUGGUGAUGUUGAAUACCAGAGUGGGGAGAGUUUCCGUAAUCCCAUCAACCCAUGCGAGGAAUGUUUGUGCAAAGACAAGAAAGUGACUUGCCAACGCCUGGAAUGCCCUGCACCGGGCAGGUGCCAACACCCUUAUGAUGGGGACUGUUGUCCUGUAUGUGAGGACUGCACUUACCUAGGUUUGCAUUACUCCAAUGGUGCUACAUUUGCUGAUCCAGAGGAGGAAUGUGGACAGUGUCACUGUGAGGAUGGCAAUGUGCGAUGUGAACCUCUGCCAUGCACUCCUGUAUUCUGUGAAAAGAAGUACAUACCAGAAGGAGGUUGCUGUGAAGUGUGCCCAGAAGCAGACUGUGAGAUCGAUGGUCAGAUCUACCUUCACGGAGAGUCAUUCCAAAAUCCCAGGGAUCCUUGCCAGCAGUGUGAAUGCAACAAUGGUGUUCCAAGAUGUGCACCGAUACCAUGUGACCCUAUAGAAUGCCCUCAUCCAAUCAGAGAGCAGUGCUGCCCAACAUGUAAUGGGUGUACUUACAAUGGGGUGGAAUACAGAACUGGUGAAACAUUUGAAGAUCCUGAGGUUGCCUGUCAACAGUGCCAGUGUCAGUAUGGUUUUGUGGAGUGUGCGGCGCAACCCUGCCAGCAGCCACUGUGUAAGUUCCCUGUCAAGCCGUCUGGUGAGUGUUGCCCUGUCUGCGAUGAUUGCUCCUAUCUUGGCAGGUUCUACAGGAACCGAGAGACCUUCCCUGAUCCUGAAGACCAGUGCCAAGAAUGCAUUUGUGUGGAUGGUGAUGUCACUUGUCAGCCCUUGCGAUGUCAGGAAGUGUCUUGCCCUAACCCAAGACAAGAUGAAUGUGGUUGCCCUGUGUGUGAUGGAUGCAUUGUCGAUGGAGUAGAGUACAUGGAUGGAUCACAGUUCCCUGAUAGCAAUGAUCCAUGUCGAGGCUGCACUUGUAGGCGAGGCCAUGUGGAGUGCCAGCAUCAUGAAUGUCCACCUCCUCGCUGCCUGAAUCCUAUCACUCAACCAGACUACUGUUGCUCUGUGUGUGAUGGCUGUUUCUAUGACAACAAUCCCUAUGACAAUGGCCAGUCCUUCCAGGACACCGUUGACACCUGUCGUAUCUGCACUUGUUUGAAUGGUAAUGUUAACUGUGCUCCAGCUCCAUGCCAACCAGUAUCCUGUACUCAUGGAAUGCCAGACCAGUGCCUCUGUCCAUCCUGUGAUGGCUGUAUGUAUGAGGAUGUAAUGGUGAGGAAUGGGGAAAUCUUCAUGGAUCCAUCAAACAUGUGCAGAGAUUGCUACUGUCAGAAUGGCUCAGUAGUGUGUACGUUACGAAGCUGUCCACCUGUCCAGUGUGCAAACCCUUUGCGGAAUCCUGGUGACUGCUGUGACACAUGCCCACAGCAAGAAUGCAGGCGGCCAGAAGACUUGGAUCCUUGCCAAGAUUGUGAGUGUGUGAAUGGCGAGUGGGAAUGCACCUAUCGUCCUUGUCCUAAUGUUACCUGCCCACAUGCUGGUCAGGGACAAUGCUGCCCGGAAUGCAACGGCUGUACUUUUGGUGGCAAACCCUGGGGUAAUGGAGACAAUUUCCCUGAUCCUGUAGACACCUGCCGAACCUGUCAAUGCAGUAAUGGGUUUGUAACCUGUCAAGAUCCUGUCUGUCCACCAGUUGAGUGCACCAAUGCCAUCAUACCAGCUGGUAAAUGCUGUCCAGUCUGUACAGGACAGUGCACUGUGAAUGGUAUUACAUAUGACAAUGGACAAACCUACACUCCCUUGAUAGAUCCCUGUCAGCGAUGCACAUGUAGGAAUACUCAAGUAUUCUGUGCAGCUAUAGAAUGCUCCAGACUGUGUGCUCAUCCAGUACAAAGAGAAGGACAGUGUUGCCCGAUUUGUGACGGGUGUCUCUUUGAAGGUGUAGAGUACACCAAUAAUGCUGUUUUUAUUCACCCCAACUACGUCUGCCAGAGUUGUACUUGUCAGAAUGGCAAUGUUGAGUGUUCUGACAUACAGUGUCGACCUACUAGCUGCCCAGCCCCAAUCACUCCACCUGGCCAAUGCUGUGCCCAAUGCCAAGAGUGUGAAUAUGAGGGACGGGUGUAUCUGGAUGGUGAUACAUGGAUGUCAUCCACAGAUCGCUGUCAGCAGUGUGAAUGCAAGGGUAAUCGUGUGGAGUGUAGUCCCGUUCCAUGCCCCAAUUCCGAUUGCACCCAUCCAGUGCAGGGAUCCUGUUGCCCAAUUUGUGAUGGCUGCCUGUUUGAGGAGAGUAUCUACAACAAUGGUCAGAGUUUCCGACCAGAUAACUGCAGGGAAUGCAACUGCUUUAAUGGCAAUGUUCUAUGUGUCUCCCAAGAAUGUCCCGAGCUGAGCUGUCAAAGCAGGGUACGCGAUCCUGGCCAGUGCUGUGAAAGAUGCCAAGGUUGCAUGUAUGAGGGCUUUGAGUAUGGCAGUGGUGAAUCAUGGGUGUCACCUUUGAACCCUUGUCUUAACUGUCAGUGUCAGGAAGGAAUCACUCUGUGCACUGAGAUUCGUUGUCUGACACCAGAUUUCUGCACUAACCCUAUCAGCCGGCCUGAUCAGUGCUGCCCAACAUGCCCUGGUUGUAUGUACAAUGGUGUAAACUAUGAAGAUGGCCAGCGAUUCCGACCCUAUAAUGAUCCUUGCGAGCUUUGCUUUUGUGAGCGUGGAAGUCUAGUGUGUCUGCGUGAGACCUGUCAAGCUCUGCUAGAUUGCCCUCCGACUAUGGUGCAACCUGCACAACCUGGAGAAUGCUGUCCAACAUGUGUAGGAGCACUCACCUCCAGCUGUACUUUGGAUAAUGUUGGCACCAUCAUGCGCCCCUAUGGUGACCCCUGUCUGACCUGUGAAUGCAAGAAUAUUUCACAAUGGGAGUGUGUUUCUGACAUGUGUCCAAUGUUGAUGUGCCCACGGUCUGAGCAAGAGACCACUCCAGGCCAGUGCUGCCCUCGCUGUCAGCGCUGUCAUCUCGAAACUGGCGAGGUCUACUUUGAUGGUCAGACCUGGAACCAAGAUGACAACAUGUGUAUCACUUGCACCUGCAGUGGAGGAGCUGUUGAUUGCGAGUUAGAGAGAUGUGAAUCCAUCGUAUGUCAGGAAGGUCAAGAGUUAUAUAAGCCAUCAGAUCAGUGUUGCUAUUCAUGCCGAGAAACCCAGCAGCCUUGUUUCUACUCUGGCCGGCAGUAUCAAGACAACGAACAGUGGCAGAGGGAUGAGUGCACAUCAUGCGUGUGCCUAGCUGGUCAAGUACAAUGCCAGACUUCAAGAUGCCCACCACUCACUUGCCAAGCUGAUGAAGUUCCAGCCCUUGAGCCAGGUCAUUGCUGUCCAAAGUGUCUGUCCCGCCCUGCAACUUGCAUAGCAUUUGGUGAUCCACACUAUCGUACAUUUGAUGGCAGACUCAUCCAUUUUCAGGGAACCUGCAAGUACAUCAUGACCAUGGAUUGUAAAAAUCAAGACUUUAUCGUAGAAGUUAAGAAUGAUGACCGCAAUGCAGCCGGUCGAGUGUCCUGGACGCAGGAAGUGACCAUCAUUAUACAAGGGGAGCAAGUGGACCUCGGCCAGAAUGGAAUGGUCAAGGUGAAUGGUAUAGCUGUGAAGCCACCAUUCCUGCAGGAGCCUUACCUGUUUGUUGAACAGCGAGGAUCUUCCUACUACGUCAAUACCAAUGUUGGCCUACAGGUGUUGUGGGAUGGAAGUAGCUAUGUUGAGGUCAGUGUGCCCGGGUCCUAUGCCAGGGAGACUUGUGGAUUGUGUGGUAACUUCAAUACCUACCCUCAGGAUGAUCUGAAAAUGAGAAAUGGUCAGAUGGCCUCAUCAGAAGCAGGCUUUGGCAAUAGUUGGAAGGUGGAAGGUUUCAACGGUGAUGGAUGUGAAGCCAAAGACGUUCAACCCUGCGAUGAGGCCAGCUACCUUGCCCGCAAGCUGGCCAACGCCAAGUGUUCAGUCCUCAAGACCCAGCGGUUCUCCCCUUGCCAUGACCUGGUCUCUCCUGAGCCGUAUUUUGCCUCCUGCGUCUACGACAUGUGCGCCUGUGGUUCUAAUGAUGCAUGCCUGUGUGAUGCCUUGGCGGCCUACGCAGCUGAGUGUCGUCAGGCUGGACUUACACUGAGCUGGAGGAGUGAUGCACUUUGUGCCAUUAACUGCCCAGAGAAUCGCGGCUUCAUGUUUGACGAGUGUGGCCCAGCCUGCCCACGGACCUGUGCCAACAAGGACAUCCCCAUGGGAGUGUUGGAGGAGCAUUGUAUCCGACCCUGUGUUCCAGGCUGUAACUGUGCAGCCAACAUGGUCAUGCAUGAUGGGGAAUGCGUUCUGCCUAGGGACUGCCCAGAGGAUUACACGGUCAAUGCCACCAUUGUAGAGUCUCCCGGUAACAACUAGGUGUAAUUAGCUGGCCGGUCAGUAUUGUAUCGGGGCUUUCUUUAGAGAACAGUAUUAUUAGGGGUUUAUUAUCAAGUUUUUUCAGUUGAUAAGUUUUCUGUUAAAGAUUGUAAUAAAAUGGUGCUUUGAUCUCACACUGCCUUCAUUUUUAAAUUGUAGAACUUGUGCUGUAUAUUUUAUCAGGAAUUGAAAGUUGAUAGUUUUUGUGUGAAGUACCAGCACAGUGGAUAUUUUUGUCUUAGUAUCUCAAAGUUAGUCGCUGUAGUUUUCAGAAGCUGAGAGGACUUUCAAUGCUGGACAAGGAUGUGCUGUCUCCUGAUUGGUAAUGGAAACUGUUCCCAUAGGAAACCUCACACAUGUAUACAGCAGGGGUUUCAAUGCAUAUUAGGCAUUAGUGCACUAAUCAGAGUGGUCAUUCCAACAUUUGACUUGCUCUGAAUUCUGUUUGAUCUUGCCCCAGGGCAUUCCAUUUUCCAGAAGAAGCAUUCUGGAAAGGUUGGUAACAUUGUCUCAUUUGGCUUUGAAUUUGAGCUAGACAUUUUGAUUGGAAAUCAGGCUCUUAAUGUUGCUAUUUAUCCCUCUAACUGCAUAAGUCUCACUAGUGUGUGCUAGCAAUAAUGAAAGGGUAAAUGGGAAAAUGUGUCCCAAGUGGCCAGCACUUCUUUUCAGUGAAAGGCCUUGUAAAGAAUUUUUGCACAAUAUAAAAUCAAUAGAAACUCACAACAUUUUUGACCCCACAAUAUGUCCUUCAUCUUCUGGAUCCCAGACUGGACAAUACGUAAAACAAAGGGUCCAGUUUGCUCUGUCUAAUAUAAACAUACACAGAAAUACUGGAAUAAAAUGGCCUUAGGUCUCGUUUUUUGUGGGAGCUAGCCAUGAGUGUUAUCCCACUAAUUCUUCCUCAGGUUCAUGUUUGCCUAUGACCUUCCUUGUUUGUUUUGAUCUUUCCUCUUUGAACUUUGCACUAAAGGCAGAAUUUACCACGGC